CUUGACGCGCGCGCGCGUUCCUGGCUGUCAAAUGGCAACAAGCAGCCAUCGCGAGGGCAACUCCUCCCAGCUGAGCUGACAACACGAACCCACUUGCCACCGUCCACAGCGCGAUGGUGUCGUGGAUAAUCUCCAGACUUGUUGUGCUCGUAUUUGGGACAUUGUACCCUGCAUACUCCUCCUACAAAGCUGUGAAAUCGAAGGAUGUGAGAGAAUAUGUGAAAUGGAUGAUGUACUGGAUUAUAUUCGCUCUCUUCACCACAGCAGAAGUCCUCACUGAUAUCUUCCUCUACUGGGUGCCCUUCUACUAUGAGCUGAAGAUGGCGUUGGUGCUGUGGCUGCUCUCCCCCUACACCAAGGGCUCCAGUGUGCUCUACCGCAAGUUUGUGCACCCCACCCUGUCCUCCAAGGAGAAGGAUAUUGAUGACUACCUGAACCAAGCCAAGGACAAGAGCUAUGACACACUGGUGCAUUAUGGGAGAAAAGGGCUGAACGUGGCCGCCACAGCAGCUGUGAUGGCCGCCUCAAAGGGUCAGGGUGUUCUGUCGGACCGGCUGCGGAGCUUCAGUAUGCAUGACAUCGCCGCCCUGCAGGCCGAGGGGGGAACUCCACCUCCCGCCCCCAGCACCGCUCAGCCAGGGCCCGGCCAAUCACGGACACGCGCCAUGAUGCGCAGCAAAUCAGAAUCAAGCUACACCAAGGGCCGGGACUUCGAGCUCUUGAGCUUGGAGCAGUGUGACCCUGUAGAGCCACCCCGUCCCCACAGAGCACCGCCCCCCCCCACCAUCUCACUCCCUCCUCGCCCACGCCCGCCACUCAGCCCCUCCCCCCCCAGUUGCCGGGGGAGACCACCUCUGACCCGGACGUCCCCUCUGACCCCGCCCAUCUCCGGCAGGUGAAGAGACGCGCUCCUGAGGUACCGCCCCCUACUGGGGACUGGAGCCGCUGCACCUGCUGUGUGUGUGAGAGUGUGUGUGUGUGUCUGUGUGUGUAUAUGUGUGUGUGUGUGUGUGUGUGCGUGUGUGUGUGUAUAUGUGUGUGUGUCUGCGUGUGUGUGUGUGUGUGUGUGUUCUACUGGGGACUGGAGACACUGCACCCUGCCUGCUGUGUGUGUGUGUGUGUGUGUGUUCUACUGGGGACUGGAGACACUGCACCCUGCCUGCUGUGUGUGUGUGUGUGUGUGUGUGUGUGUGUGUGUGUCUGUGUGUGUUCUACUGGGGACUGGAGACACUGCACCCUGCCUGCUGUGUGUGUGUGAGUGUGUGUGUGUGUUCAACUCACACUGCUGCUCUGUGUGUGUGUGUGUGU